AAACGGGACGCAUUUCCAGGCCAAACACCAGAGCACCCUAGAAAGCUUUAACUAAAAGAAUGCUCAUGUUUGACCCAGUUCCUGUCAAGCAAGAGGCCAUGGACCCUGUCUCGGUGUCAUACCCAUCUAAUUACAUGGAGUCCAUAAAGCCCAGCAAGUAUGGAGUCAUCUACUCCACACCAUUAUCCGACAAGUUCUUCCAGACCCCGGAAGUCCUGUCGCACGGGAUGCAGAUGGAGCCGGUGGACCUGACCGUCAACAAGCGGAGCUCACCGCCCUCGGCCGGGAAUUCUCCUUCCUCACUGAAGUUCCAGUCCUCGCACCGGAGAGCCUCGCCCGGGUUGAGCAUGCCAUCGUCCAGCCCGCCCAUGAAAAAGUACUCACCCCCGCCCCCAGGAGUGCAGCCCUUCAGCAUGCCGCUGUCCAUGCCGCCGGUGAUGGCCGCUGCCCUGUCCAGGCACGGAAUUCGGAGCCCGGGGAUCCUGCCGGUCAUACAGCCCGUCGUGGUGCAGCCCGUCCCCUUCAUGUACACCAGUCACCUCCAGCAGCCGCUCAUGGUGUCCUUGUCUGAGGAGAUGGAAAACUCAAACAGUAGCAUGCAAGUACCUGUAAUUGAAUCCUAUGAGAAGCCUAUAUUACAGAAAAAAAUUAAAAUAGAACCUGGGAUCGAACCACAGAGGACAGAUUAUUAUCCUGAAGAAAUGUCACCCCCUUUAAUGAACUCAGUGUCCCCCCCGCAAGCAUUGUUGCAAGAGAAUCACCCUUCAGUCAUAGUACAGCCGGGGAAGAGACCUUUACCUGUGGAAUCUCCAGACACCCAAAGGAAGCGAAGGAUACACAGAUGUGAUUAUGACGGAUGCAACAAAGUGUACACUAAAAGCUCUCACUUGAAAGCACACAGAAGAACACAUACAGGAGAAAAACCUUACAAAUGUACAUGGGAAGGAUGCACAUGGAAGUUUGCUCGGUCUGAUGAACUAACAAGACAUUUCCGAAAACAUACUGGAAUCAAACCUUUCCAGUGUCCGGACUGUGACCGCAGCUUCUCCCGUUCUGACCACCUUGCCCUACAUAGGAAACGCCACAUGCUAGUUUGAAUGUCUCCGUCUCCGCCUCGGCACGCGGCUCCCCACUCGCCCAGCUCUCUCUGUCCUCCCUCCCGUUGUCUAACUCAUUUUUUACAUGUACAUUUUAAUUUUGAUUCAGCUGGUCUGAAUCUCUGAAUUUAUAUCAGUCAAACUUCCAUAUGGUCAGUAGUAAAUAUUCUCUAAUCCUCCCUCCUUACCACGGGUCAGACCUAAAGAAUGUGAACACUUUUUUUUUUCCGGGGAUGCUAAGCAAACCCUUCUUACAGAUAAGUUUAAUGUAAUGAGAACAAGGGAACAUGUAAACAGAACCAGUUGUCGGUUUGUCCAUGUAUUCCUCAAAAGAAUGUCAAAGUAAAUGUGUUAGAAAUACAGUA